ACCGGGGCAGUGGCCCCAGAUGCCAGCUUGCCCGAAGGGAGCCCGACGCUAGGAGGAGCCAUGGGAGGUAUCCAGCUUGCUCUGCUGCUCUUCCUCCUGGGCUGGGAGCGAGGCCUCAGCCUGCGGUGCUACACCUGUACCAACAUAGAGGAAACCAACUUGUGCAGAAUCACCGAAUGUCUCACAUCUGGCGUCUGCUUCAACAGUAUGAUGACCAUGACCUUCAGCGGUGGAAAGAAGGUGAACAUGCAGUACAAGGACUGUGCCCCCACCUGUAAGGACGUACACGAUUCAGCGAAUCUGCUCUCACAGAUUAUCAAGCCAGAGAACCUGAGCGGCCUGGAGAAGUUUGACGUGCAGGGGGUGACGUGCUGUGAAGGGGACCUGUGUAACGGGGGGGCCCUGCCCGGGCGCAGCCCCUGGGCCCUGGCGGGGGGACUCCUGCUCAGCCUCGGGCCCGCCUGCCUCUGGGCCCUGCUGUGAGUGCCCGGCUGGCAGGGAAAGCAGGGCGCCGUGCGGGGCGCUUCCAUGCCGCCUGUGCUGGGGCAAGUGUGCGGGCUCACCUGCGCAUGCGUACAUCUGCACCCGCACGCCUACACGCACCGGCAUUCACAC